GCCGCUCCUCUGCCUGCCAUCCAGCCAACCCCUGCGGUGCGACCUCAACCUGCUGUCCUCCCAGCCCCCGAAGUCGCUGCCCAGCCCGAGAUUGCUCCUCAGCCGGCCGUGAACUCGGCCCCGACCGUGGCCCGAAGCCCCGAAGUCGCCGCAGCUCCGUCCGCGGGUCCUAUCCCGCUCCCGGCUUCCCGCCCUGAAGCCGCUGCUCUUCCUAUCAUCACAUUGGCCCCCAUCGUGGUCAAGGCUCUAGUCGCUGCUCUCGCCCCGACUGUUGCAGAGGCUCCCAAGUCUGCCCCUGUCCCUUCAGCUGGUCGCUUGCCCUCGACCCGCAGCGCCCCC